GCUAGCUCUUUUAGCACGUCGGCUAGCCGUGUGACGCCGCUACUCUCUCCCGGACGACGCUCUGCCGCAUCGGGGAACCUCGAUACACUCGAUCCCCGUGUGCUUAUUGCUUAUUUCUGUACAGUAGCAACGAUCGUGGAUGCAUUUAUAAUGAUAUAGGUUAAAUGAUUGGGUCUUCAUAGUUUGAUCUUGUUGUGCGUUUUGUGACCGGUUUGGCGGGACUAGAUCGGGCUAACAGUACGGGGAGCUAAGGCUAAGUGAAUAGAAGGAAGCUAACUCUGCUAGCUUAGCAACCUACCGCGGCUGUCAUGGAAGACAAAUCAUUUACGAAAGAAUUAGACCAAUGGAUCGAACAGCUAAAUGACUGUAAACAGUUAUCGGAAAACCAAGUGAGAACACUCUGCGAAAAGGCCAAGGAGAUUCUGACCAAGGAGUCAAACGUCCAGGAGGUGAGAUGCCCCGUCACAGUGUGUGGGGAUGUGCACGGGCAGUUCCACGACCUCAUGGAGCUGUUCAAGAUCGGAGGGAAGUCUCCCGACACCAACUACUUGUUCAUGGGCGACUACGUUGACAGAGGCUACUACUCCGUGGAGACGGUCACACUGCUCGUCACUUUAAAGGUGCGUUUUCAGGAGCGAAUCACCAUCCUGCGUGGGAACCAUGAGUCGCGACAGAUCACACAGGUGUAUGGCUUCUACGACGAAUGUCUCCGGAAGUAUGGCAACGCCAAUGUCUGGAAGUACUUCACAGAUCUCUUUGACUACCUGCCUCUCACAGCCCUGGUAGAUGGACAGAUCUUUUGUCUCCACGGGGGUCUUUCACCUUCUAUAGACACUCUGGAUCAUAUACGAGCCCUGGACCGCCUGCAAGAGGUCCCACAUGAGGGUCCCAUGUGUGACCUGUUGUGGUCAGAUCCUGAUGACCGCGGCGGUUGGGGUAUCUCUCCCCGAGGCGCCGGCUACACCUUUGGCCAGGACAUCUCUGAGACAUUCAACCAUGCCAACGGGCUCACGCUGGUGUCCCGCGCCCAUCAGCUGGUCAUGGAGGGUUACAACUGGGGCCAUGAUAAGAACGUGGUGACCAUCUUCAGUGCUCCAAACUACUGCUACCGCUGUGGAAACCAGGCAGCCAUCAUGGAACUGGAUGACACUCUCAAAUACUCUUUCCUGCAGUUCGACCCUGCUCCUCGCCGUGGAGAGCCCCAUGUGACCAGACGCACUCCAGACUACUUCCUGUGAAUGUCCAAAAUCAUCCCUUUCAAUCACCCAUCGAGCUCCACCCCGUACAGAAACAUGGAGUCAGUACCAGGGAGAAUAGAAACGAAUGAUUGGCUGAGAAACGGAUGACGUAAAAGUAUCUUAAAGAGCCAGGGCCCCCUUGUGUUCUGAAUCUGUCAUGACGCUGUGCUUCAGAAAAAAAGACAAAACACACUUACGAUCUGUUGAGCUAUGUUGUUUUUAUUUAGUUUAAUACAUGUUAGAAAAUGAUGAGAUGAUACAACUAUCAACGUGGACCAAAUGUGCCAUAUUCGACUCCUUUUACAACAUGUACACCGUUUAAAGUUUAUUUUCUUUUGUUUUGUUUAGACCAGACUUAUAACCCUACCUCCCCUAUUCACUCUACAUCACAUCCUCUCAUGGCAUAUGUGCUUUUUUCUGUUGCAAGAUGAUAAAAAAAACAAAGACAAAAAAAAUAUCCUUUUGAAACCUGAUUGCUUCGAGUAGUUCAGCUGUCUGGCCAGCGCUGGUAUAUUACUGUAAUUUGAAUAAACACGACGGACGUAUGAAUAAAAACUUCCUGUUGACAAACGA